AGCCCAGUUACGAUGUAGCCGACUCCCCCCAACAUGGCUUGAACGAACACUCCCGACACGUUCAGGGAUGGAUGUCAUGAACUUUACAACCGUCAACGACAGCGGCCUUCCGGAUGAGGCUUCCUCGAGCCGAGUCCUGACCGGGUGCUUCCUCUCCCUGCUCAUCCUCACCACGCUGCUGGGCAACACGUUGGUGUGCGCGGCCGUCACCAAGUUCCGUCACCUGCGCACGAAAGUCACCAACUUUUUUGUCAUCUCGCUGGCAGUGUCAGACCUUUUGGUGGCCAUCUUGGUGAUGCCUUGGAAGGCGGUGAGCGAGAUAGCCGGUUUCUGGCCAUUCGGCUCCUUUUGCGACACCUGGGUGGCCUUCGACAUCAUGUGUUCUACCGCUUCCAUUCUCAACUUGUGCGUGAUCAGCCUGGACCGCUACUGGGCGAUCUCCAGUCCUUUUCGCUACGAGCGUAAGAUGACAGCCAAAGUGGCAUUUGUGAUGAUCAGCGCGGCAUGGACGCUGUCUGUCCUCAUUUCCUUCAUUCCGGUGCAGCUCAACUGGCACAAGGCUCAAACAAGGUCCUUCAACUCACUUUCUUCUCCCCACUCCACCCUCCUGAGAUCAAAUGAGACGUCGGAGAACUGUGACUCCAGUCUGAAUAGGACCUACGCCAUCUCAACCUCGCUCAUUAGCUUCUACAUCCCUGUCGCCAUCAUGGUAGUCACCUACACCCAAAUCUAUCGCAUCGCAGCAAGGCAAAUCAGGAGGAUCUCAGCCUUAGAGCGAGCGGCCGAGAGCGCCAAGAACCGACACGACAGCAUGGGCGGGGGCUCCAGCAUCGCUGAAUCCGAGAGCUCCUUCAAGAUGACCUUCAAAAGGGAGACCAAGGUGCUGAAGACACUCUCCGUCAUCAUGGGCGUGUUCGUAUGCUGCUGGCUCCCGUUCUUCGUGCUCAACUGCAUGGUGCCGUUCUGCGAGCAGUCGAGCGGAGGGGAGGCUUUCCCUUGCAUCAGCCCCACCACCUUUGACGUAUUCGUGUGGUUCGGCUGGGCUAAUUCCUCCCUCAACCCCAUCAUCUAUGCCUUCAAUGCAGAUUUUCGCAAGGCCUUCUCCAUCCUGCUGGGCUGCCACAAACAAUUUCCAGCAGGCCACAACAUCGAGACAGUCAGUCUAAACAAAAAAUGA